AUGAAGACAUGGAGCCUUUUCACGUCAAUCAUCCGUCGGCUGGACGACUACCAGAGAAUUCGACCUGAAGAAUACAGUUACGAAUUACACCCUACUAAUGACGAAGAAAAUUACGGCUUACCUUCGCCUUCUCAUCGAAGGCGGAAGAGUGUUCUUCACAAACGUAGAUUUUCGCUAACCAUCUUCUCCGUGGUAUCGUUUGUACAGCAUACGCUGACGCUGCGGAGACUGGUUUUCAUCAUUUCUGCGACGCUUUUUUUGUUGGUCGUGGGUAUAUUGUCUUCGGGAGUGCCUUCGACGUACCAAGAUGUCAGGGCGUAUGAGAGAAGUUUGCCGCAACAUAGGAUCAGGGAGGCAGUAAACGAGAAAAUUGGCAGAGACGGUGUCACGGAAAGAAUACAUAGGAGGAAAUAUCUCUGGUUCGACGGUGCUCUAUGGGGUCACGGAUUGAAUAACGUACUUCAGGAGAGUUUUGUCAUGGCCUACGUCGCACAGCAAUCUCACCGGUCCUAUGUUUUUGAGGACCAUGUAUGGUCUCAAUCACCACUUCCUUACACCCUAUAUGACUUUGCUCUCCGUCCAUCGCGUAUACCUAUGAACGCCUUCAUUUCUGGUCCCUCUGCGGGUGGACCUGUUCCCGACGGCAGUAUCACCCACCGUGCUGUCAGUUUGGAAUUUUUCAACACUGUCUGUCGGUCGGAAGAGAGAAUUAUGGUGAAUACCAAGGAGGCACCAAUAGAUGCUAGUCUUGGAAAAGACGCAAACGCAAUUGUGUCGUGGUUCUUGGAUGAACUGAAGAAAGUAGAGGACGAGCCCUGUGUUGUCAUUGAUUCGGCUGGGCGCACACUCUUUGACAGAGAACUUUUUGGUACAAAACGAAUCCUUCCCAUCUUUUCCUCCCUACUCGAAUCACCUAUCCUUGCAAAUUUUGCAUGGUCUCCCCUCGUCCUUUCCGUGGUCGCUCGUAAUUUUGCCAUCCUUCAACCGGAUGACCUAAACGAUCUUUAUCCCUCGCCACCAUCAUAUUCCCAUUCAAAUGCCGGUGUUCUCUCCGGUCUUGUUGCAGUACAUCUCAGACGUGGGGACUAUUCUCGGCAUUGUCAUCGCCUCGUCGGUUGGGACGACGAAUACAUGGGUGUUAACCAGUAUGACGAACUUCCGGAUCGGUUUGAUGCAGACGCCUAUCUGCGAGAACACAAGUUCCACUCAUCUGUUCCUGCUGCUCAUUCUCCUCCUUUAUCUACUGCACUCUCAUCACGGAAUUCAACAUCAUCAGCAAUACCAACAACAUCCAGGACCUCGGAAGAUCAUGCCAUCCUUACACCGUACUACCUUACUCAUUGUCUUCCGGAGAUACCAGAAAUCGUCGCUCGUUUACAUCAGGUCCGGCUAGACAACCCGGGUUUAAAGCGUAUUUAUCUGCUUUCGAAUGGGUGGGGAUGGUGGCUGAAUUCCUUACGGGAUUCGCUGAAAAAGGACGGGUGGGAGGAUGUCAGGCAUGGGGGCGAACUUGAGAUGGACCAGGCUCAAAAGCAUGUGGCUAUGGCAGUGGAUAUGGCGAUUGCAGAGAAGGCGGAGGUGUUUGUUGGCAACGGGUUCUCGAGUCUUUCAGGAAACAUCGUCACUCUCCGGCUUUCGAAAGGAUUCAAAGCUGAAUCGAAUCGAUUCUUAUGA